AUGUCGUCAUGGAAAAAAGCCGCAAAGGCUAACCAAAAAACUCACAAAGAACGGCACCAACCUGAAUCAAGAAAACAUUUAGGUCUUUUAGAGAAGAAAAAAGAUUAUAAGAAGCGCGCUGAAGAUUAUCAUGAAAAGGGUGCGACGCUGAAGUUGUUACGCAAGCGUACAUUGGAUAAAAACCCAGAUGAAUUCUACUUUCAUAUGGUUAAUUCGAGAGUCAAAGAUGGGGUGCAUCAUGAGAUUGAGAAAGAAGAUGAGCAUACCGUGGAGCAAUUGAAGCUUAUGCAGACACAGGACAUAAAGUAUGUCAACAUGAAGCGGACCAUGGAAAGUCGCCGCAUUGAGAGAUUGCAGUCUCAGCUACACAUGACAGAUGUGGCAGAUAAAACAUCCAACACUCAUAUAUUCUAUGUGGAUGAAGAAGAGGCAAAAGAUUUUGACUUGGCUAAAAGGCUCGACACGCAUCCAUCAUUGUUAAACAGGAAAUCUAACAGACCACGGUUAUCCGAUUUGAACAAAAUCUCACUGCCAGAAGUUGAUGAGCAGGUUAUGAAAGAGGCCAAGAAAGUAAAAGAAAAGACUUACAAAGAACUUUCAAAAAGGAUAGAGCGCGAAAAACAGUUGACAGUUGUUCAACAAAAGAUGGAGUUAAAACGUCAUCUGCAUGAUGCCAAAAUUAUGAAGCCAAAACGAGUACAGAAAGGCACAAAAGUGUCAGCCCCAGUUUACAAGUUUCAAUACAUGAGGAAGAAAUAA